ACACACAUCAGAUAAUUGCAUUGCAGAAUAUAUACAAAACAUACAACAUCAUUCUUUACUAUAGUAUAGAUCUACAUACAUGUAGAGCUGCACAAUUCAGAUAUAUUGAAUUGCAGAAUUCUUCAUCGUCAUGGGUUGUGCCCGGUCCCAGCCUUUGGCAUUAAAUGAAGGAGUAGCUGCUGACACUUAAGAUGCUGGUUUGUCAGAAGAAUUUCCUUCAAAAUUUGAAAAAGCAGAUGAAUCACCAUUUAACAAUCUUCCAGAUGAAAUUAUUGUGAAUAUUUUUUCUUACUUAAAUGCACAGGAACUUUGUAAAAAUGCAUCACCUGUAUGUCACAAAUGGAGAGCAUUGGCUAAGGACCAUUCUUUGUGGCGUGUUCUGGAUUUCUCGAAUAACCGUAGCUUGUCAUUUUUGGAUUUUCUGCAAGUAAUUAGACGUGCCCCAUUACUGAAAAAACUAUCCUUGAAAGGAAGGUUUACAUAUACACGUUCGCCUUCGCCUUUUCUAAUAUCGCCGGUUGAGAUGGGAAUAAUUUGCCAAUUAUGCCCCAGAAUACAGGAUCUUGAUUUGAGUGACUGCAGAAGCAUCACGGAAAAAGUAAUACAGAUUGUUGCCGAGAACUGUUCAGUUCUUCAAAAGAUUAAUGUUGAUCAUAUCGAUUAUUUACAAACAGGAUGUUUUCAAGUGUUGUCCCAAUGUUCAAGUUUGACUGCUUUGAAUUUUGGUUACUGUAGGAACAUACAGAACAGUGAUGUGAAGAAAUUAGCAGAGCACUUGAAAAUAAUUGCAAUUAACUUGGAUGGUAAUGCUUUGAUCACUGACAGUGGAGUCCUUAGCUUGGUAAAGUUACAGUCUGCUCACUUGCGAGACCUCAAGCUUUAUGGGGCUGAGAUUACUGAUGCAAGUUUGUACGCUAUCUCGCAGUGUAGGGAUCUGCGAUGUCUGGAAAUCUCAUCCUGCAAGCGCUUGACAGACCAGUCACUGCAAUACUUGAAGAACUGUCAUAAUCUUGAACACCUACGAUUCAAGGAUGGCUCUGGCUUCACUAAGGCCGGAUUGAGUGCAUUCUUCAAGUCGGGGACAUUGGCACAUCUUCAUACCCUUGAUCUGUCUUGGUGUAAAGCUAUCAAUGAUAAUGUGGUGUUGGACAUUGCUCAGUGCUGUGGCCCUUGCCUGUGCAAGCUUGCACUGAGGGGCAUGCCGAAAAUCUCUGACAGGGGACUGGCAUCUAUUAUGGAUCACUGCUGCAAAUUGAUGGAACUGGAUUUGCAAAGUAAUGACAAUAUCCUGGGUGAAAGCCUAGAGAGAAUUCCAGAGGACUUGCCAAAACUGAUUUACUUAAACAUACAAUACUGCCAAAAGAUUGUUGGUAGCAUAAUAACGGACGUGGAAAGAAGAAAGCCAAACCUUUGUGUAUGCGUAAUAACUAGGGACUUCAUCUUUUGUUCACUGAAAUAAUGUAAUUAUAUUAAAUAAACAUAUAAUUAUGUAAAUGGGCUUCUAAGUAUCAACUACGAAUUACACAUUUUUCAGGCAUAUGUCUUCUUACUUAUGAUAAAAUUGUACAUAUCAUAUUAUCAUUGAACUCUUGCUAUGUUCUUAUACAUAUAUUAUAUAGAAGAUGCUAACUUAUUCAUUGAACUAAGUAUGUUGCUCAAAUAUUUCAUUGUCUAUUUGUAUAAUAAUGAUCACGUUAUAUU